GCUUACCUAAUCCCGAUGUCUUGUGGAAUAACGCAAUAACUUUACCGGUUAGCACAUAAAAAAUGAUUUCUAUAAUACUCUCGAUUUUUCUGGUCGCAUGUAUUAGCGGCUCCUUUGGUCAGCAGGACAGCGGAUCAACGGGAUGUCCUCAAGGAUGGAUGCAGAACAGGCAGAGCUGCUAUCUCACAGGCGAACGAUUUAAUGGUCAAACAUGGUAUUCCGCAGCGGCAUUUUGUGAAGCGCUGGGGUCGCAUCUGGUGGAAAUCAACGACGCCCAAGAAUUUAAUUUCAUUCAAGGCCGAAUAAGAGCGGUAAGCUGGGUGGAUGGACCAUGGAUCGGAAUGAUUCGGUUGUUUGGAGAUUCUCGUUACUAUUUCCCUUCCACUCACGGUCAAGCCAGCGACAGCAGUUUGAAUAACCAAAUAAGCCAGCUAGCCAGCCGAGCAACCAACGAUUGCGGAGGAUUUGACAAAUACGGAAACAAUUUCGGCUUCUGGAGAUGCCGAAACGGAGGAAGCCCCAUUUGUGAAAUGGAAUUGUAAACGUCAACGUGCAGAAUCAAACAUGAUGUAUUACGUUUUACGGGAUACAGAGUACAAUGGUGAUCUGCUGUACCAUAGUUGGGUGUGAAAAAUACUAUAUUUUUACUGCUGUGUAUUGUUAAUAUUACAUUACCGCACGAUUUCGCUAUCUGUUGAAUUAACAAUACUGAAUAAACAAUGCUGGUUGGUAA